GCUGAGCUCCGCCAGUUGCACCAUGGUCAUCCGCGCAGUCAUCUUUGACAUCGGCGGGGUCGUCGUCGGGUCGCCAGUCGCUGCCAUCACCGACGCAGAGAAGCGCUGGGGCCUCCCCUCGCACUGGAUCAACGCCGCCAUCACGGCCAUGGGCGACGACGGCCCGUUCCAGCGCUUUGAGCGCAGCGAAAUCUCGCAGGACGACUUCUACCGCGACUUUGGCGCUCGCCUCAGCGACGUCGACGGCGGCAACAAGGCCUACCGUGUCUACUGCAAGCGCGCACGCAUUGAGUGCCCACCGCUCCCGACCCAGGUCCGCAUCGACGGCAAGGAGCUGUGGGGCAUGAUGAUGGCGCCUGCGCUCGAGCCAGACGAGCUCGUCGUCAACGCCAUCAACCGCCUGCGAGCAUCCAGACGGUACAAGGUCGCCGCCCUGACCAACAACUUUGCGCCCCUGGGCACGGCCGAGGAGGGCGAGGAGACGACUGGGGCGGGCAACGACGCCAUGAGGGGCAUGUUUGACGAGUACAUCGAGAGCGCGGUCGAGGGCCUCAGGAAACCCGACCCGGCCUUUUUCCGCCUCGCGCUCGACCGCGUCGGCGUCGCCCCGAGCGAGGCCGUCUUCCUCGACGACAUUGGGCACAACCUCGCUGCCGCACGCGCGCUCGGCAUGCACACGAUCCGCGUCCAGCACGGCAAGUCGCACGAGGCCAUCGCCGAGCUCGAGAGGCUGCUCGAGAUGGACUUGACGAGCCCGGUCGUCGCGGGCGCAAAGCUGUAGAAGAGUACGAGGGGUCACGAGCGGAGGAAACGAGAGGAGCU